AUGGGGAGAGGCUCGACCGGUGGUGGCAAGGAGAGGUUGCCCGUCCAGCCGAAGCAGGGGGAGGGGCUCGACCGGUGGUGGCCAGGAGAGGCUGCCCGUCUCCCCGCCGAAGCAGGGGGAGGGGCUCGUCCGGUGGUGGCCAGGAGAGGCUGCCAUCCCAUCCGAAGCAGUGGAGGGGCUCGACCGGUGGUGGCCAGGAGAGGCUGCCCACCGUCCCAGCUGAAGCAGGGGGAGGGACUCGACCGGAGGUGGGGCCAGGAGAGGGCUGCCCGUCCCAGCCGAAGCAGGGGGGGGGGAGGGGCUCGACCAGCAGUGGCCAGGAGAGGCUGCCCGUCCCAGCGAAGCAGGGGGAAGGGCACGACCGGCAGUGGCCAGGAGAGGCUGCCCGUCCCAGCCGAAGCAGGGGAAGGGGCUCGACCUUCGUUGGCCAGGAGAGGCUGCCCGUCACCGCCGAAGCAGUGGGAGGGGCUCGACUGGCGGUGGCCAGGAGAGGCUGCCCGUCUCAGCCGAAGCAGGGGAAGGGGCUCGACCUUUGUUGGCCAGGAGAGGCUGCCCGUCUCAGCCGAAGCAGGGGGAGGGGCUCGACUGGCGGUGGCCAGGAGAGGCUGCCCGUCCCAGCCGAAGCAGGGGAAGGGGCUCGACCUUCGUUGGCCAGGAGAGGCUGCCCGUCUCAGCCGAAGCAGUGGGAGGGGCUUGACUGGCGGUGGCCAGGAGAGGCUGCCCGUCUCAGCCGAAGCGGGGGGAGGGGCGACUGGGGCGGUGGCCAGGAGAGGCUGCCCGUCCCAGCCGAAGAAGGGGGAGGGGCUCGACCGGCGGUGGCCAGGAGAGGAGGAAGGGACUCCACUGUCCCAAGAGGCCAGAGGUGCCCAUCCCAACAAAGCAGGAGGAAGGGGCUCCACCGACAGAGGCCAGAGGGCUGCCCCAUCCCAACCAAAGCAGGAGGAAGGGCUCCACCUACAGAGGCCAGAGGCUGCCCAUCCCAACCAAAGCAGUAGGAAGGGCUCCACCAAACAAAGGCCAGAGGUGCCCAUCCACACCAAAGCAGGAGGAAGGGCUCCACCCCGACAGAGGAGAGGGCUGCCCGUCCCAGCCGAAGCGGGGGGAGGGGGGGGGCUCGACCGCGGUGCCAGGAGAGGCUGCCCAUUCCCAGCCGAAGCGGGGGGGGGAGGGGCUCGACCGCGGUGGCCAGGAGAGGCUGCCCGUCCCAGCCGAAGCGGGGGGAGGGGCCUCGACCGGCGGUGGCAAGGAGAGGCUGCCCGUCCCAUAGCCGAAGCGGGGGGAGGGGCCUCGACGGCGGUGGCCAGGAGAGGCUGCCCGUCCCCAGCCGAGGCCGGGGGAGGGGCUCGACCGGCGUGGCCAGAGAGGCUGCCCGUCCCAGCCGACGGAGGAGGAAGGGCUCCACUGACAAAUGACCCAGAGGCUGCCCAGCCCAACCAAAGCAGGAGGAAGGGACCAUCCACUGUUCAAGAGGCCCAGAGGCUGCCCAUCCCAACCAAAGCAGGAGGAAGGGCUCCACCGACAGAGGCCAGAGGCUGCCCAUCCCAACCAAAGCAGGAGGAAGGGCUCCACCUACAGAGGCCAGAGGCUGCCCAUCCCAACCAAAGCAGUAGGAAGGGCUCCACCAACAAAGGCCAGAGGCUGCCCAUACCACCCAAAGCAGGAGGAAGGGCUCCACCGACAGAGGCCAGAGGCUUCCAAUCCCAACCCACCAGCAAAAGGAAGGGCUCCAUGACAAAGGGCCAGAGGCUGCACAUCCCAACCAAAGAAGGAGGAAGGGCUCCACCGAUAGAGGCUAGAGGGGCUCGACGGCUGGCGGACAGGAGAGGGCUGCCCGUCCCAGCCGAAGCGUGGGAGGGGCUCAACGGCGGUGGCCAAGGAGAGGCUGCCCGUACCCAGCCGAAGCGGGGGGAGGGGCUCGACCGGCGGUGGCCAGGAGAGGCUGCCCGUCCCAGCCGAAGCGGGGGGAGGGGCUCGACCGGCGGUGGCCAGGAGAGGCUGCCCGUCCCAGCCGAAGCAGGGGAAGGGGCUCGACCUUCGUUGGCCAGGAGAGGCUGCCCGUCUCAGCCGAAGCAGUGGGAGGGGCUCGACUGGCGGUGGCCAGGAGAGGCUGCCCGUCUCAGCCGAAGCAGGGGGAGGGGCUCGACCGGUGGUGGCCAGGAGAGGCUGCCCGUCCCAGCCGAAGCAGGGGGAGGGGCUCGACCGGCGGUGGCCAGGAGAGGCUGCCCGUCCAGCCGGGGAAGCAGGAGAGGGCUCGACCGGCGGUGGGGUCAGGAGAGGCUGCCCGUCCCAGCCGAAAGCAGGGGAGGGCUCGACCGGCGGUGGCCAGGAGAGGCUGCCGUCCCAGCCGAAGCAGGGGGAGGGGCUCGAGGCGGUGGCGGCUGCCCUGCCAACAGAGAGCUGCCCGUCCCAGCCGACGGAGGAGGAAGGGCUCCACUGACAAGAGGCCAGAGGCUGCCCAGCCCAACCAAAGCAGGAGGAAGGGACCUCCACUGUCCAAGAGGCCAGAGGCUGCCCAUCCCAACCAAAGCAGGAGGAAGGGCUCCACCGACAGAGGCCAGAGGCUGCCCAUCCCAACCAAAGCAGGAGGAAGGGCUCCACCUACAGAGGCCAGAGGCUGCCCAUCCCAACCAAAGCAGUAGGAAGGGCUCCACCAACAAAGGCCAGAGGCUGCCCAUCCACACCAAAGCAGGAGGAAGGGCUCCACCGACAGAGGCCAGAGGCUUCCAAUCCCAACCAAAGCAAAAGGAAGGGCUCCACUGA